AUGGAAGACUUGUUGUCUCGCCUUGCUUCUGGGCUGCGCAAUCAUAUCGACGGACCGCUCAACAUUCUGGAGAUGGGUGCCGGCACCGGUGGAACGAUUCGAUGGGUGGUUUCACUGCUGGCUAGCCUUGACCCGCCCGUCGAGUACACGUUCACGGACCUCGACUCGUCCUUUUGCGUGCUGACUCGAAAGAAGUUUGGAAGGAAUCUGUACGAGUCCGCCAGAAACAUUCGGAAACCCCUGAGGCCUGAUGGAUUUCUCCUCAUGGUCGAAAUGACGACACCCAUGUAUUGGGUCGACAUGAUUUUCGGGCUGUUGGAGGGCUGGUGGUUGUUCGAUGACGGCCGAACUCAUGCCGUUGCCGACGAGAAUAGGUGGGCUCGAGACCUUCAAUCGGCCGCCUACGGACAUGUCAACUGGACCGACGGCCAACGAGAAGAGAAAGGCCUUCAGAAGCUGAUUAUUGCAAUGGCCUCGGGCCCGAGGCAGCGGCAAGUAGAUUCAUUCGAGAGCAAGGGCAUAGAUUCUCCCCAAGAUUGUUUGGAAAAGUUCCUGGUGUGGGAGACGGACUUGUCGAAACCUCGCUUGGGCCUUGCCGCGGUGGACUACGAGGCGCUGUUGGGCGAGACGACGCAUAUCAUCCACAACGUGUGGCUCAUGAACGCCAGAUGGCCUGUCAAGCGGUUUGAGCCGCAGUUCCAGAUCCUGAGAAACCUAUUGGACGCCGGCUUGACUAUGUCUAAGAGAGGCAGAGGAAAAGCCGGCUUCCUUUUCGUCUCCUUCAUUGCUACCGUCGGACAUUGGCCAUUGCACAUGAACAAUCCCAACGUCCCCGAAGAACGAGUGACAAUCGAACGCUGCACCGACACCCCGAACGGUUCAAUGCCAUGA